CUUUAGUCGACGAAUGAGGUGAGCAGUCGGACUCGCGCACACUGCGAAUUAAUGACUCACAGAUGCAUCCGUAGUCAAAAAAUAGGAGUUAACGUGCGAAGUUUUUUCGUGCGCUCUGCGCAAAUGUACCGCUUUUGAACUGUAGCUAUUUAUGAACAGGCGCAAAUCUUGCAGUUAGGGUUUUAAAAGAGAGAGAGAGAGAGAGAGGGAGUGGGAAAAACGAGAGCUGGCAGAAAGCUUAGGAUCCCAGGCAGCUGCGGACCAGCCCACUUCCAUUCCAUCAACAGUUUACUAGGGAUCCGCACAGGCAGCGCUCCCUCCCAGGUUUUAGGAUUGAAAUAUGCACCCGUUGCGUGCUCUUGGAUUAAAGUGCCCAUACUUUCGUUUGCACCGUAAACAGCCAAUGGCCCGGGGAGGAAUGACUAUCUGAUAGCGCAACAGUUAGUUUUCGGAGACCACAGACUUCAGAGGAACAUAAGUGCGGGUAGGAGCAGUUUGCAUUUUUGGGGAGAUCAUGGCGGCGGCCGCGGUGGAGGUGAGUGUUAGUAGCGGCAGCAGUGACACAUCUAGCACCGGCGAAGAGGAGAGAAUGAGGCGGUUGUUUCAGACGUGCGACGGGGACGGAGACGGAUACAUCAGCAGGAACGACCUGCUGAUGGUGUGUCGGCAGCUGAACAUGGAGGAGUCGGUGGCUGAGAUCAUGGACCAGCUGGGGGCCGACGAGCGGGGCAGGAUCUCCUUCGAGGACUUCGCCCGCUGCCGAAUCCAGCUGCUGAGCGAGAUCCGCAAGGAGGAGGGCGCGCUCUCGCUCCUCUCCGACCACUCGGGCCGGAGGAAGCUCCGGGACCGCGUGGCCUCCUGGCCAACCAGCAGCGAGAACAGCCUCGGUGCCCUGUCGGGGGCGCGGGAGAGCUGGGAGUAUGACUCUGGCGCUCGAGACCUGCAGAGCCCAGACCUGCAGCAGCAUGCGCAGCCUGCGCAGUCGUCCCAGACACAGCCUCCUCAGCCCACCCUGCAGAAGCUUCUGGAACAGCGGGGGGCGGGGCUGGAGCCGCAGGCUGUCCUCCAAAAACUGGUGUCCCAGUCCGGGGCCCGCUUUGCCCCGCUGGGGGGGAACUACCUGGAGCUGGCCAACACGCUCCACCUGGCAGCCCUGGCCUCGCUGAAGGGGGACGUGGUGGAGCUGAACAAGCGUCUUCUGCAGAGCGAGCGGGAGAGGGACCAGCUGGAGAAGAGGCUGGCCAAGGCUCAGUGUGAGCAGUCCCAUCUGAUGCGGGAGCAUGAGGACGUGCAGGAGAGAACGACGUUGCGCUAUGAGGAGAGGAUCACUGAGCUGCACAGCAUCAUCGCCGAGCUCAACAAGAAGAUAGACCUGCUGCAGGGCUCCGCCAUCAGGGAGGAGGAUGAGUUCUCAGAGCUUCGUUCCGACCUCAGCCACAGCCAGCCUGAGGCCAACGAGGACGGGCACAGCGUGGACCAGGACCAGAACUCUGUGUCCAUGCCGGAGAACCAGUCCACUAUGGUCACUGCGGACAUGGAUAACUGCAGUGACCUGAACUCGGAGCUGCAGCGGGUGCUGACGGGGCUGGAGAGCGUGGUGUGCGGGCGCAAGAAGAGCACCUGCAGCCUGUCCGUCGCCGAGGUGGACCGCCACAUCGAGCAGCUCACCACCGCCAGCGAGCACUGCGACCUGGCCAUCAAGACGGUGGAGGAGAUCGAGGGGGCGCUGGGGCGCGACUUCUACCCCAGCCUGUCGGAGGAGCGGCUGCGCUGGGAGAAGGAGCUGGCGGGCCUGCGGGAAGAGAACGAGAGCCUGACCGCCAUGCUGUGCAGCAAGGAGGAGGACCUGAACCGCACCAAGGCCGCCAUGAACGCUGUCCGCGAGGAGCGCGACCGCCUGCGCCGACGGCAGGUGAGAGAGCUCCAGACCAGGCUGCAGAGUGUCCAGGCCACAGGCCCCUCCAGCCCUGGGAGGCUGACCCCCGCCAGCCGGCCCAUCAACCCCAGCACCGGCGAGCUCAGCACCAGCAGCAGCAGCAACGACAUCCCCGUCGCCAAGGUGGCUGAGCGAGUCAAACUCUCCAAGACGCGGUCUGAGUCCUCCUCGACCGAGAGGCCGGUCCUGGGCUCCGAGAUCAGCAGCAUCGGGGUGUCCAGUAACGUGGCGGAGCACCUGGCUCACUCCUUACAGGACUGCUCAAACAUCCAGGAGAUCUUCCAGACGCUGUACUCGCACGGGUCCGCCAUCUCCGAGAGCAAGAUCCGCGAGUUCGAGGUGGAGACGGAGCGGCUGAACAGCCGCAUCGAGCACCUGAAGUCGCAGAACGACCUGCUGACCAUCACGCUGGAGGAGUGCAAGAACAACGCCGAGAGAAUGAGCAUGCUGGUGGGGAAGUACGAGUCCAACGCCACCGCCCUGCGGCUCGCCCUGCAGUACAGUGAGCAGUGCAUCGAGGCGUACGAGCUGCUGCUUGCCCUGGCGGAGAGCGAGCAGAGUCUGGUGCUGGGCCAGUUCCGGGCAGCGGGGGUGGGGACCGUGGGGGACCAGGGGGGUGACGAGAGCAUCACGCAGAUCCUGAAGCGGGCCCACGACUGCCGCAAGGCGGCGGAGAACGCGGCCAAAGACCUGCUGACGCGCCUGGACGGGAGCUGUGGGGCCGCCUUCGCCGUCACCGGCUGCAGUGUGCAGCCCUGGGAGAGCCUGUCCUCCAACAGCCACACCAGCACCACCAGCUCCACAGCGAGCAGCUGCGACACGGACUUCAGCAAGGAGGACGAGCAGCGGCUGAAGGACUACGUCCAGCAGCUGCGGAACGACCGCGCGGCGGUCAAGCUGACCAUGCUGGACCUGGAGAGCGUGCACAUCGACCCGCUCAGCUACGACGUCAAGCCGCGCGGCGACUCGCAGCGGCUGGACCUGGAGAACGCCGUGCUCAUGCAGGAGCUGAUGGCCAUGAAGGAGGAGAUGGCGGAGCUGAAGGCGCAGCUGUACCUGCUGGAGAAGGAGAAGAAGGCGGUGGAGCUGAAGCUGAGCACGCACGAGGCCCAGGAGCAGGCCUACCUGGUGCACAUCGAGCACCUCAAAUCCGAGGUGGAGGAGCACCAGGAGCAGCGCAUGCGAUCGCUGGGCUCCACAGGCUCCAGCGGGAAGGAUGGCGGAGACGGCGGGUCGCCCGCUGUCACGCUGGCUGACCUGAGAACGCACAGCGACAGCGACCUGGCGGCGGAGCUCACCAGCGCACUACGGCGAGAGAAGAAGCUGAAGAGUCGGGUACAGGAGCUGGUUGCUGCGCUGGAGAGGCUCACCAAGAGCAGCGAGGUCCGGCACCAGCAGUCCGCCGAGUUCGUCAACGACCUGAAGAGAGCGAACAGCAACCUGGUGGCGGCGUACGAGAAGGCCAAGAAGAAGCACCAGAACAAGCUGAAGAAGCUGGAGUCCCAGAUGAUGGCGAUGGUGGAGCGGCACGACACGCAGGUGCGCAUGCUGAAGCAGCGAAUCGCGCUGCUGGAGGAGGAGAACUCCCGACCCCACACCAAUGAGACCUCGCUCUGAGCCUCGGGGGGCGGGGCUACGGACCCGCGGCGGGGAGAACGUCCCGCCUCCGCAGAGCGCCCAUGGAGACGGAGGGGCGGCUCGCGCCACAGGAAGUGACCUCAUCGCGUCUCUCCUCCCACAGGGCUUUGUGCUUCAGGUUUUUCCGCUGUGACGGCGCACGACCACAAGGGGGCGCCCUCCCCUGCGCUACCCCCUCCCACAGUCCGUCAAGGACACACACACGCACAGUUUUGCUCAGCUUCUCCAACUGAAAGUAUUGCAUCACUUCCUGGAGAGAUUAGGACUAGUACAGUAGCACACACAUCUCUGGGUGGCUUUGGAGUUUGAGUGACAGCUGCCAGUCAUUGCUGGAGACUAAUAUUAACCUCAUUUAUUCAUCUCUGAUCUGUUUCUCUGAAGACUGCAGGUUGAGUAUUUUCCUAUUGUAGGAAGUGCUGACUGGUAAAUGGACCUUUGGAAUGUUCUGGUAAAUAUACAGCUGUACCCCCCCCCCCCCCAAUCCUUUUCAUUAUUUUCCACCUAUCAUUUACUACUUCAGUAUGCAUAACCUUACUUUAGUUUCCUUUCCAUUUGAAGUGUUGACUGCAGUAUGUUUUUAAACCCGUUUUUUAAUCCGAUUCCUGUUGGGAAACGUCGGAGUUUGGCACCCGCACCCACACCCGCACCCGCACCCGCGGUCCCCUCGGCUCAUACGGGCUCCUCUGGUCCCGUUUUUUGGACUUCUGGCUGUUAUUUCUUUCCACGUGGAGUGGAGAAGGAUCUCUGUUCUCACUGCAGUAAUGGCUGCCGGUGGGUCUCUCCACAUCUGUACGUGUUCCGUUUUUAGGAUUUUAUUUACGUGGUGCCUGGCAUGCCCCAUGGAUCAGUCCUAGGGUUCAGCUGCUGUUCAUCCUACUCAAAGUCCAUUACUUGGGGCUGUCUGCAUGCAUGAAGUGGGGUGGAGUCAAAAAAAAACCUGGGAUCAGCCAAUCGGUGUCAGUUCAUUAGCAUACCUAGCAGUAACUGGCACUACAGAAACAGCUGUUGCCGUCAAUCGGUUGGAUCACAUCCUCUCUACGUCUCCAUGGAGAUUUCCGUUUAUUUUGGGUCUCUUGCUCUGGGUAGGUGUUAUGAUUAUUGCUCUGGAUUUCAUAUUGUGGAUUUUCAUAUUCAUAUUCUCCCUGGACACCCAGCUCUACUCGGUAACCAGGCAAUGUGUUGAAGAUGAGGUUGGAAAAGAGCUUGGCCUUAAUGACAGGGUUGGCUUUUCAGUUUUCAACAGAACUAAGUGUCUUUAACUACUCAAACUCAGCAAUACGAAGCUAAUGGUUUUCCUGAAACCUGAGCACCUUUUCAAUUCAAUAAAAACAAUAAAUUUAAAAUGUUAACUUUGCUUCGCAAAACAAAAUUAAGUAGAAUGAUUGAUAACAGGAUUAUGUAAGCAAACAGAUCGGUUAUUAUUGCAUAUAGGAACAGCUUAUCUUACAAAACACCAGACCAACCUUAACAGUGUAAAUACAUUUUGAAUGUAGCAUUGAUUUAUUUUUCAGAUGAAAUAUGCAAAAAAAAAACAUUAUUACUAUGUAUAUGUGGUUAUUACAGUGGCUUAUCUGCGAAUAGGUGAAAAAUUUCCCAGCCGAAACUGUGAAGAGGUUUGUAUUUUCAGUAAAAACACAGUACCUCCUUAAAACAGAAUGAUAAAUUAUCAUAAAACAGCAAUUCUGGGGAAUUUUAUACCAGUUAAGUCAGAUAAUCAGUAUUAAAAACAGUAUGUAUUGCACACAGAAUGUGUAUAUAUGAUUAGGUUAUAGACAUAAUAAACAAAAAGUACAAGAGCAAUGUGACUAAAAUGAUUUUCCUGAAGGUAAACGUUACCAGUCCUUCGGCUCCAGCGGACUGUGGUAGCAUGGUGGGUCUGUGACAUCAUAUAAUGACAUCAUCAUCGCUGGUGACAUAACUGUUAUAAAGUACCAUUAUGUUUCUGAUUUUUUUUUUUUUUUUUUUUGCCGACUAAGCCUAAUCAUUUCCUUUUUUGUGCACACGCACCUGUUGUCUUUAGCCAGCUUCUAUCUGUUUCACUGAUCAUAUAACUUGCCUGUCUUUUGAUCCUGGCCGACAUGAACCAGGUUCUGACCAAUCAGACACUUCUGCUGUCCUGUACCCCAAGGAACACGGUCUUAAAUUCCCAGUGCCAUUUUGAAUGCUGCAUCGAUCGUUGCUCUUUUCCUAUGUUCUCGUGCGGUGCAUUUCAUCAUCUUACUUCUUGUUUAAUUUGUGAGCGUUUACGAAUGAAGCCAUCCUUCGUGAAAAGGUUUUGACAGUUAUAGUAUCCGCACCCUAAGGAGCAUGUAAAUUUGAUGGUUAAGAGGAUUAAUAAAAUUCUCUUCAUCUUAGAACUUCCUUAAAUAAUCUGAUGCUUUUUAACGGGAGCUCUGAACUUGCAUCCAGGUUUUAUUGUAGCCUAAAAAAAUAAAAAAGACAAACCCUCAUCUAAUACAGAAGUAUUUGGCAGUUCAAAGAUUGUUUCUUAUUGAUUGGAUUAAAAAUAACUAUUUUGUAUUGUAUUGUAUUGUAUUGAUUGUAUUCUGGAGCUGUGAGUAUUGAGGUGGUAAUUAGCUCUCUUGUAGCUUUUUACCAAGCGGUUUUCACAGUGGCAAGGAGCCCUAUUGAAACCCCCCAACCAACGCAGCAUGGCCAUGUAGGCAUGGGCGCACACUGACAUCCACGACCAGAAGCUCAGCCACGUGCCUACAAGUCGACCUCCACCUAAUAUCAAAAGAUAUAGCCUAGAAGUUUGCUUCCUUAAGAGUCCUUUACCUGUAGCCUGCAGCCGUUGGUGUAAAUGGAGCCAGCACAUCACCGCUUGGUUCCUCUGGCCAGUUCUGAGCUCUUUAGUAUUAAUCCCACGUUAUGCUCUUUCGCAGAAACAUUGCCGCCUCAUUGAUCCAGUGAAUGAGGAGAAUUGUAAUACGUGCAAUUCCUGUUGCCAUGAUCCUGUUUUUUUUUUCCCCUUCCCCUGGGAGGGAGGUGAGGAGAGAAGAUGAGGGAGGGGGGCGGUGGUUUGGUGACUUUACCUAAAUUGCACAGAUCUGUUUUUGAAUCAAAUCUUUGCAAUCAUUUUUUUUUUAUUUUAAUACAGAAUGUAUUUGUUUAUAUAAUAUUGAAAUAAACUGAUUUCAAAAGAA